CUUAUGUAUAAAUAUACCAGAUCACUAAUCAUGUGGUCAUUGAGUACUCGAGUAUGUACACUACAUAUGUACGAGCAGGGUUAAAAAGCCUCACCCGCUGACAUUUAAUCCGCAUACUUGAGUACUAAGCAGAUUACAUUUAUACACUAUGAUCAAAAUUCAGAGAAUAAGUAUAAAAAUGGUAUCGUCCACCGUUUCUGUCGAUUCAUUCGAUACCCAAAACUCAAAGAGUCGAGCAAGAGAAAGCGAACAUUUAGCGAACAUGUUUGGUGGAUACGGAAUUCUGCCUCUGGUUGCACUAAACACGAUCUCCCCCUUCACAAUUAAUAUCCCUCAAUCCGAACUCAACUAUCUGGAAAACUCUCUUCGAUUUUCUCGACUUGGAGGGGUAACGUACGAGUCGAAAACGGAGCGGAAUCAGACACUGGGGGUAUCCCAUACCUGGGUACAAGAAACAAGAGAAUAUUGGCUAAACAAUUUUGACUGGUAAGUUCAUGCCCCCAUGAAUGUCGAAAUCUGAAAAUAACAUAAUCACGCAACAGGAGGCAUGAGGAAGAACAUAUAAACUCUUUUCCUCAAUUCACAGCGCCAGUACAAGAUGUUUCCGCAACGGAGAACUACACCAUUCAUUUCACCGCAUUAUUCUCCAAAAAUGAGAGUGCAGUUCCCCUGAUAUUUCUUCACGGGUGGCCUGGUAAGACUUUGACCCCUUUACUUUCAUCAACUUCCAAACUAAUCAAAGUAUUAUAGGAAGCUUCUUAGAAUUCUUACCCAUAAUUUCCCUUCUACGAGACAAAUACCCACCAGAAGAACUUCCCUACCAUGUAAUUGUCCCCUCCAUGCCAGGCUACGCAUUUUCGUCCCAUCCACCACUGGACAAAGAAUUCCGCCUUGAAAACGUAGCAAGGAUCUUCGAUACCCUAAUGAUCGACCUCGGAUUUGGAUCCGGAUAUAUCGCUCAAGGAGGAGAUGUAGGCUCGGGUGUGGCUCGAAUUAUGGGAGCCGAACAUGAAAGUUGCAAGGCCGUACAUCGUAUGCAUCCUCUCACCCUGAGGAUAUAACACGCAAUCUGAGUUUUAAUGGCAGUAAAUCUAAACCUAAUGAACGAACCAAAAUCCUACAACGCCUCCUCCAUCACCUCAGCAGAGAAAGAUGGUCUUGCCCGCGCUUCAGAAUUCCCCCGCACCGUCGCAGCCUACGCUCUCCUCCAAGCCACCCGUCCAAGCACCAUCUCAACAGUUCUAAAUAGCAACCCCCUAGCCCUCAUGACAUACCUAGGCGAGAAAUUCCUCGCUUGGGUUGACAAACCACUGCCCAUCGACACAAUUCUCACCGAUAUAUCUCUAUAUUGGUUCACUCAAACCAUUACAACAUCGCUCUAUCCAUAUCCCCAGGUCUUCACACCGGGGAACAUCAGUCCGCAUGACGAUCCGAAGUGGCAUCUGAAUAAGCCGUUUGGAUUGAGUUGGUUUCCCAAGGAGAUUGCGCCGAUUCCGAGGGCGUGGGCGGAGACGACGGGCGAUUUGGUGUUUUAUAGAAUGCAUGAUGAAGUGAGUGAUCCUCGUUUACUUGAAGUUUAGAUGCUGAUUUUUAUGAAGGGGGGUCAUUUUGCAGCGCUUGAGGAACCGCAGGCUUUACUUCAAGAUGUGGAAGAUUUCGUGCAACGGGUUUGGGUGUAGAAGAAUGCUGGGACGGAGGACUAACAGGAUGAAAAUAUCAGCGGUGGAAUCCAUCGAUGUCACUGCAUCAGUUCGUUAGGCAGCAGAAGAAAAUUCCACAGCAUUACGCAGGAGGGUUUC